UUAUCACAACAAAUUAAAUCGCUUAUUUGGGUUGAUUUCAGGUGUCUGAUGUUCCACUUCGGGUUGUCAAAUAAACCGAACAGAUCCGAUUUGUUCCCCCAUUCAUUUCAUCAAGGGAGAAAAAAAUAAUGUUGGGUGCUGCGAAGAAUCGAUGUGUAUCGACUGUAAUUCAGAAAUUAGGGUUUCAUCGGGGCGUAUCUUCCCUCAACAAAAUCGAUUUAUUUAACGGUAUCGUCACUGAUGAUAACGCAAACAACACCCCCGCCGCCGCCAGAAGAGAUAUUCUGAGCUUGCCGGAGGUGGAGAAGAUACUGAGCGACGUGAAAGCCGAUGAUGUUAAGGUUAUUCCGGUUCAAAACGACUCUUUUACUGACCAUAUCGUCCUCGCCACCGGCCGGUCUGCUUGGCAUGUUCGUAACAUUGCUCAAGCCCUCUUUUACAAGGCUAAGCUAAAGCAAAGAGGUGAGGAGAAAAUGUUACUCCCAAGUAUGGAAGGCCAAAAGGGAGGGAAGUGGAUUGUUGUUGAUUCUGGGAAAUUGGUUAUUCAUGCACUUGAUGAGAAGAUGAGAGCUUAUUACAACCUGGAUGCACUCUGGACGGAGGAGAAAUUACCGAAAUCAGCUUCAGAAGAAAGACAGGACGAGGCAGUGGAAAAUGGUCUUGUGAAGGUGCGUCGGAAAAAUAACUCCAAAAAGAGACCUGUGAAAAGUGCUUAGAUACAAUUGUGGUUUCCUGUGGACCAAGUUAGAAUCAACGGCUACACAUGACAUUCUUGUUAAAGAUCUUUUUGGACUAUGCCUUUUUACUUCUUGUAAUUGAUUAGAUAUUCUGUUGAAUAAUUUAGUAUUGGCUUCUUCUUUUUUUUUUUUCAAAUUAAAGAUGCUGAGCUUUGCAUGUAUAAUGUUGUUUACAUCCGCAGCUACAAUAAGCUCGUAAGCAUAUGUAUGUAAAUGAACUGAUUGAUUAUCAACCGAGUCUCACAACGGAAACUAUAACUCGUUUCUUGAUCA